AGUAGUGUUCAGCAGUUUUGCAUUAAGCCGUUAUUCUGAGUUUUAAUAGUCUGGUUUGUUUAGACACAAUGACCGAACAGUCUUCACUUCUCCUGAGGAAACAGCUAGCAGAACUCAACAAGAAUCCAGUUGAGGGCUUUUCAGCUGGUCUGGUCGAUGACGAUGAUAUUUAUCAGUGGGAGGUUGUCAUAAUCGGCCCACAGGACACAUUGUUUGAAGGUGGAUUUUUCAAAGCGAACCUCACCUUUCCUCAUGACUACCCCCUUCGCCCCCCAAAGCUGAAAUUUAUUACAGAAAUUUGGCACCCCAAUGUGGCAAAGAACGGAGACGUGUGCAUCUCCAUCCUGCAUGAGCCAGGGGAGGAUAAAUUUGGCUAUGAGAAACCUGAAGAGCGCUGGCUACCCAUCCACACCGUUGAGACGAUCAUGAUCAGCGUCAUCUCCAUGCUGGCCGACCCGAACAGCGACUCUCCUGCCAACGUGGAUGCUGCUAAAGAAUGGAGAGAAGAUCCAAACGGCGUAUUCAGGAAGAAGGUAGCCCGCUGUGUAAGGAAAAGCCAGGAGAUGGCAUUCGACUAGGAUCUUUAAUCUUGCAGUACCCAGGAUAAUGACAUGUUCUAGAGGAGACAUCCACCCAUCACUCGAUCAUGGAGAGACUGAAAUAACUGGUAGAAUCUCCACUGAGCGUGUGGUAGAUGUUUGUUUUGAACUUGUUAGUGUUUGUAAGAGUAAGUAUUAUUUAUUGAACAAAUUACGAGGAAGUGUACUGCAUGAUAUUAGGAAUCUGACUUGCUUUUGUACCUGCCUCUGAGCCAUUAAAGUCACUUAUGCAA